AAUGUCAAUGACACAAUGGCGACGCCCACAGCAGAGGUCUCGCGUGCGCAUGCGCGUUGCCCUGAGCCUUCUCCUUGUCCCACCGUAGCCGCCUUGUCAAACUCUGCAGUCAGCACACAUCGCCAGCAUUUAAAGACAUCGCCUCACAUGACCACGUUAGCUUACCGCAUCAACGACCGGAAUGUUCCCAGACUGGCUUUAAGCCGUGCUGACGCAAUGGCCGUCCCUCCUGCAUAUGCAGACUUGGGGAAGUCUGCCAAAGACAUCUUCAACAAGGGUUAUGGUUAUGGAAUUCUGAAACUUGAUGUGAAGACCAAGUCCCAGAAUGGUGUUGAGUUUGCCACCUCAGGCUCCAGCAACACCAACACGGGCAGGUCGGGCGGCCACUUGGAGGCCAAGUACAAAGUCAGCGAGCUGGGCCUCAGCUUCAACCAGAAAUGGAACACGGACAAGACUCUGGCCACAGAAGUCACCCUUGAGGACCAGCUGGCAAAGGGUUUGAAGCUCGGUCUGGACGCCUCAUUUGUACCGAACACAGGCAAAAAGAGCGGGAAACUGAAGACGGCCUACAAGCGGGAGUUUGUCAACAUAGGUUGCGACCUGGCGUUCGACAUGGCCGCCGGCACCACCGUUCACAGCGCGGCCGUGCUGGGCUACCAGAACUGGCUGGCGGGCUACCAGGUGGCGUUCGAUACCACCAAGUCCCAGCUCACCAUGAACAACUUUGCUCUGGGAUACAAGGCCUCCGACUUCCAGCUACACACCAGCGUCAACGACAGUACAGAGUUUACCGGCUCGAUUUACCAAAAGGUGAACAGCAAAACAGAAACUGCCGUCCACCUAGCCUGGACGGCCGGAAGCAACAAUACACUCUUUGGAGUGGGAGCUAAAUACCAGCUGGAUAAGGACGCCUCCCUUUCUGCCAAAGUCAACAACGCCUGCCUUGUUGGAGUAGGAUACACACAAACCCUCAGGCCAGGAAUCAAGCUAACGCUCUCGGCGCUCAUUGACGGGAAGAGCCUCAACGGCGGCGGACACAAGAUGGGGAUGGGCUUCGAGUUGGAUGCGUGAAGGUGACGAGAAGAAAAGCAGAAGGAGGAAAAGGAAGAAAAUGAAAGAGGCCAAUUAGGACGAUGCCUCCAAGGUCCAACCAGCAAUGCAAUACCGUUAAACCAGAUUGCUAGUUCAGUAACACGCUGCUUACUUUGUGCUAUUAGAAUACAACAUAAGAAGGAAGGUUGUGGCUACUUUGUUUUGAUGGCUCAAUGAUUUAUGCCAAGUUAACUGCUGUGUUGAAUCUGAGUUGGAAAUGACACAAAGUGAUUUUUUUUUUUUUUCCUGAAAAACUAUCUAAUAUCUGAUUAAUUUUCAAUUUUUGUUUUUUUUUUUAAGGAAAGAGGGAACUUUUCAUACUUUUCCUGCCACUUUGCCAAACACCGGACUAUCAAACAGUGCAAUAAAAAUGUUUUGUCCAAGUGAGCACCUUGAACUCCAUUUCACCUGAGUGGCGGAAAGGUCGGUUGUGUGUAUGUUCUAAACCUCUUCAGACUCCAAACAGUCAACAUUUCGCUUGAUCUGUGUGUGUUGAGCUUUAUAUAAGAAGUCAAAAGUUAAAAAUGUCAAACUGACUUUUUAUUUCAUCAGUGGAAUAAACAAAAUAUCAACAAAA